GACAGCAGGCGUUUGAAUGCACAAGCAUCUUACUGAUGUAACCGUACCCAAUCACAAAAGCUACUUCAAUCCGGAUAUAUGCAGUCAUAGCUACUGUAUUUUUGCGAGUUCGCGGGGCAAAGUAAAGUACUCGAUCCUCAGCAUCGGUUGCUAUUUCGCCCGGCAAAUAGAUGAGGUUUGGCUACGCAUUGAGCUGUAUCGGAAAGUUGCAACAAAAUACCAAAUCACGUCGUUCGGUGCUGUGCGGAACUUUUGCAAUUUCUCUCAAGGAAAUGUCACCGUAAAUAAUUUGCCGACAAUGUUUCAAAUCAGUGCCGCUUUUCUGCCACCAGCUGAAUAUUUAAUGAGUUCGGUUUCAAGUAAAGCAGUGGUUUUUGGUGUUAUUGUAGGUCAUACAAAUCGCGACCUACAACGUGAUCCUCCGUCCUAA